GGCCUAAAGGGAGGUAAUCAUCAUUUCUACUUAUGACAAGGGAACACUAGAUCGAAGGUAUUAAGGGGUGUGGUUGAACUCAUGGAACAAGAAGGCAGCAAGAAUAAGGUUCUAAUGAAGGUCACAUUAUUCCUAAUCCUGUGAUUUCCACCCUCAAGAGAAGAGUAAGAAAAGGAGAAGGCUGAACAGAGCAAAACUUAAUAGCAAAAUAGAUAAUAAAAUACAUGAUUUAGGAGUCUUUAGGCAAUACUGUGGAAUAAGGAACUAAUCCAUGUUUCUUCAUAAAUCAACCCAUACCAAUUGGUGUAGAGUCAAUUAUGACUUAGGAGGACCCCAUGUUUUUCAGAGUAGAACUGUGUUUCAUAGUGUUUUCAAUGGUUGUGAUCUUUCAGAAGUAGAUGGCCAGGAUUUUCUUCCCAGGUGCUUCUGGGUGGAUUUGAACCUCCAAACUUUCAGUUUAGUAGCUGAGCGCGUAACUGUUUGAGAAACAUAGGCCCAUGUUUUUCUUAAGAGGCAUAAGAUUGUUUUCUGUAUUUGUACAGGUGAAAGACUAUGGGAGGGUUCAACACUAGUUACCGAGAUGGCUUCAUUUUGGUGGGCUUUUCAGAUUGGCCUCAACUGGAACUUGCCCUUUUCAUCUUUAUUUCAAUUUUUUACCCCCUAACUCUCUUUGGCAAUAUCACCAUCAUCACUCUAUCCCGCCUGGAUCUGCGGUUGCAAACACCCAUGUACUUUUUCCUCUGUAAUCUCUCCUUCCUGGACCUCUGCUUCACUACCAGCACUGUGCCCCAGCUUCUGAUCAACCUUCAUGGAUCUGACCGGACCAUCACCUACGGAGGGUGUGUGGCCCAGCUCUUUAUCUUCCUCGCCCUGGGCUCCACUGAGUGUGUGCUCCUGGUGGUGAUGGCCUUUGAUCGCUAUGCUGCUGUCUGUCAACCACUCCACUACACGACCAUUAUGCACCCCCGACUCUGCCAGACACUGGCUGCCAUCUCCUGGGUGGGAGGCUUCAUGAACUCUGCAGUUCAGACAGGUCUCAUGAUGGCCAUGCCGCUCUGUGGCCUCCAUCACCUGAACCACUUCUUCUGUGAGAUGCCUGUUCUCCUGAAGAUGGCUUGUGAGGAUAUACAAGGUACAGAGGUGAAGAUGUUUGUGGCCCGAGUAAUUAUUGUAAUGCUUCCUGCAGCACUAAUUCUAGGCUCUUAUGUACACAUUGCUCAGGCUGUGCUGAGAGUCAAAUCAGUUGCUGGACGCAGAAAGGCUUUUGGGACUUGUGGGUCACACCUCUUGGUAGUUUUCCUUUUCUAUGGCUCAGCCAUCUACACGUACCUCCAACCCAUGCAUAGUUAUUCUCCAAGUGAAGGAAAGUUUGUUGCACUUUUUUAUACUAUAAUUACCCCCAUGCUCAAUCCUCUCAUUUAUACCCUAAGGAAUAAGGAUGUGAAGGGGGCUCUGAAGAAGAUAGUACGGAAAGGCAGAGACUCAGUGUAGGAGGGGGAAAGGAGGAUCAAUACAAUUGUCUGUAAUAGCUCUCAGGUCAUUAGAGCCCAUUCUAUUCCUGGGAGAGCAGUUGUUGAGUAGUAAAUAGCCCUCGAUAGGCCUCAGGGUUUUAGUACCUUACCUUCCUUGUUUGGGUGUUGGAAGUGGGGAUCUCUUGGGGCUUUUUCUUUCUCAAUGUUUUUGAUCAUUUUGCAGGAGGGAGUAAGUAUUGAUCUAUAUCACAAUGUUCCAAAGAAAUGAGGUUGGGAAGCGGGUAUUGUAGCAACUCUUGGAAAGGGACUAGGUUCUAGGCAAGCCUAAGAGUGAGAGAAGACUUAAUUCAAAAUGACAUCACCUUUUCUAAGUCAACAGUUCCCAGCAUGGUGCCAUGUAAAUGUACCCAAUGAUUAAGGAAAAGAGUUCACUCUGGUUCUUCUACAAAUUACCUGUGACCCUGACCAUGUUCGCUCACCUCUCAAGAUCCAUUUUGAAGGUCUGUUACAUGACCCUUUUAUGAUACUUGGAGCAAAUAAAGAUAUCGUAAACAGAGGUACUUAUAUACAGCAUGUAGAGUCUGAGACAUGGAUGUCCUUUAUCUACUUGAGGAAAAAGGCAAAAUCAUUUCGGUGGUCCUAAUUGAGUCAAGGAAACCCUGGCGGCGUAGUGGUUAAGUGCUAUGGCUGCUAACCAAGAGGUUGCAGUUCAAAUCCGCCAGGCGCUCCUUGGAAACUCUAUGGGGCAGUUGUACUCUGUCCUAUAGAGUCUCUAUGAGUCGGAAUCGACAAGACGCCAGUGGGUUUUUGUUUUAAUUGAGUCAAGGGAAGAAACUCUCAGUUCCAAGAUUCUCAUAAAGCUGAUUGGUAUCAUGGGAAAGAUACUGUACAUGCGAGAGAGAAUAGAAUAGAAAAGAAAAAAACAUAAAAAUAAGGAACCAUGAAAAAGUGAUAUAGGAGAAAGAAAGAAUAGUAAAAAACCAACCUAGUGCUGCCCAGUUGAUUCUGACUCAUAGUGACCCUAUAGCACAGGGUAGAACUGCCCCAUAGAGUUUCAACGGAUUGCCUGGCUGAUUUGAACUGCUGACCUUUCGGUUAGCAGCCAUAGCACCUAACCACCAUGCCACUAGGGUUUCCAGGGAAUAGCAGGGUGUGGCAAAAAACCAAACCAAACCUGUUGCCAUUGAGUCCAUUCUGACUCAUAGUGACCCUAAAGGACAGAGUAGAACCAACCUGUAGGGUUCCAAGGAGCACCUGUCGAUCUUUUGGUUAGUAGCUGUAGCUCUUAACCACUACGCCACCAGGUUUUCCAGGGAGUGACGCAGAUGAGAAAAAAGAGAUUCCUGUGGUGGAAAGCGGUGGGAGAUUCAGGAGGCUCUAGGUCCAAGUGUUAACACAGUGGAUACCUGAAAUUCCACCACGGUUAUGUCAUUCCAUGUCCUUAAAUGUUGGUGACAUUUUAAAAUGCAGGUACCCUUGUUAAUAACUUUUUAUAGCCUCAGUAAUGUUCAUAUUGAGUUAAUCUUUUAUUCCAAACACAAUAACUAAUAUUUAUUGAAUAUUUAAAAAGUGUUUUGCAUAAAUUAUCAUUAUUACAGCAACAUUGUCAGGUAGUUUUGAUGUAUAUUCCUUAUUUAUUCAUUAUGAAAUAGAGGUUCAUAGGGUUUACGUAACACUCAAGUUCACCUAGCAAACAUUAGACGAAGCUGAGCCCCAGGCUUCUGUAACCCUAAAUCCAACCUUUACUACCACACACUGCCAGUUGUCUUUUUUAAAUUUUUAUGUUUUGAGGGUGUAUUUUUAAUAGGAAAGAUUGAGUUAGAGAUUAGAUGAAGAAGGAAUCAAAUAUGAGCUUAACUUACUUCACAACUUUACUUCAGGUGAUCCUGGCCAGGUUUCUAGACAUUUCUGAGUCACCAAGUGUUGGUUGGCCAGAGGGAAUAUUAUUUCCCACAUAAAACUAGUAUUUCCUGUAAUAAUAUUUUCCAUUUAUUGUUGUCUUACUAUAGUCUAAAGCUCCUUGGAUGACACAAGUGUUUUGUGCUUAACCACUAACCUAAGGGUUGGUGGUUUGAACCCAUUGGCACAAAGGAAGAAAGGCCUAGAGAUCUGCUUCCUUAAAGAUUAUAGCUAAUAAAAACCUAUGGGGCAGUUUAACUCUGUAACACAUGGUAUCACAAUGAGUCAGAAUCGAUUUGACAAUAAUGGGUUUGUUAGAGUCCAAGCACCAUGUUACGUGAUAUAUUCUAUUAUCACACUUAAUUCUAACAACAUGAAAGAUAGGUAUUAUCCCCCUCCCCGCAAUAUUUGUAUUGAUCAAGAGACUAAAAACCAAACCAAACCUGUUGCCAUCGUAUCGAUUCCAACUCAUAGUGACCCUAAGGACAGAUAAUUAUUUUGAGUGACUUGCCGCAAGUUACAUGUCCAUUAAGUAAAGGGCUAUUAUUUGAAUCUGGCCUGUCUUAUCCCAAAGCCUACCCAGCUAGCCACUACCUAAGAACCUCAUGUUUAUUAUUUCAAGGCUCUAACCAACACAGUUGCUACAAUCUUAAUGGAAUGAA